AUGUUCGGCUACAAGCUCCUCGCUAUUGCUGCACUGGUCUUGGCUGUCGUCGCUGCGGACUCCGUCUGCGCGCCCGCUGCCACCAUGACUGCUACCGUCACCAUCACCGAGUGCAUUCCGCAGCCUGGCAAGCCGUCGUAUGCGCCACCUCCCGCUGAGUCGGUCGUCUCCUCCGCCCUGAGCAGUGGACUGUUUACUACCAGCGUUAUCCUGCCUCCCCCCGGACAUCCGAUUCCCACUUCAGUUACUCCUCCUGCGUCUUCCACGCUCAUUGCUCCCUCUGGUGAGACCUCUGGUGCUUCUGCCUCUUCGACUGCGUCGGUUACUACAACGGUGGUGGCUACAUCAUCCUCAGGUCGUCCUGGUGAGCCCGAGGCAAGCAGCACUUCUUCUCCCCCUGAGACUGCUGGCGCCGCUCUUGCAACACCUGCGGUCGGUAUGGGCUCGCUCGUCGCCAUGGGCGCCGCAGCGUUGGCAGUCAUGGCCUGA